AGUGGACCAGGGACCCGGAGGAUUCCAGAGUGGACCAGGGACCAGGAGAACGUGAGUGGAGGAUCUUGAUUCUGCCCCCGGGGGAAGGAGGUGGUAGGUAGCAAAGAAGGAAGUAGGGUUUUGACGGAGGAAAACACGUUUAAGAUUUCAAGGAGGCGGCAAGGAUGGGGGCCGAUGUCGGCAGUUUCGCUGAGGACAUGAGCGGCAAAUUGACUGCAGAGAGUGUCUGGAUGCGGCGCAUGAUUGCUUGGUGUCCAUGGCUCUCAGUGGAUGAUCUCAGGUCUCAUCUUGCGUUGCUUCCAUUGGGUUCACUGAUCCUCACAGCGCUGGUCUGUGUCUUGACUGCCAGUUCGCUUUCUUGGCUAGUGGCUAAAUGGGUCAUUGCUGGGGCGAAGGACCGCCGUGGACGCAAACUGCGUCUGGCCCCCGGGCCUGCUCCAUGGCCGAUCGUGGGCAACCUGCUUCAGCUGCAAAGGCAUCCCCAUAGAGUCCUGGCCAAGAUGGCAGAGCAGUAUGGAGAGCUGAUGACCAUUCACAUGGGCACGGCCCUUACGCUGGUGGUGUCCAGCCCAGCCGCCGCAAAAGAGGUCCUGCUCACUCAAGGAACCACUUUCGCCUCACGACCGCUGCCGCCGACGGCCAAUGCAUGGUCACAUGGUGGCCGAAGCCUCGGGCUCGCGCCAUACGGGCCUCUGUGGCGGAAGCAAAGGAAGAUUGCCAGUGUGCAGUUGUUCUCCCCAAGGAGGAUGGCGCAGGUGGAUGCAGUCCGACGGAAGCUCACCAAUUUCCUAGAGGAGGAGCUGUUGAGGAAAGGCCAAGGAGGAGCACAGAAGCAGGAAGGAAGUCUUAGAAAUGUGGGAACAAAGGAGGCGGCCGAGGAGGGGAAUGGUCUAUCACCUGCCCCGACUCCCCUGCUGACAGAAACAACCUCCUCCUCUUUGCCCAAUCCGGUCGCCGCAGUGCAUGUAGCGGCAGGCGGAAUCUGCCAUCCUGCUGGGAAUGAGCGUGGUCCCAGUGGAGCAGCAGGCACCAUGCAUGGGCUGCAGCCAGUCCACUUGCGAGAAAACCUGUUCCACUUCGCCCUGGACACCUUGACCUAUGUCAUAUUCGGCUCUCCUGUGUCGCCUGCCAUGCAGCAUCACAUGGCAAAAGCCAUUGCUACCAGCGGCUGUUCGACGUCAACGAUGAGGAUGCCGACGAGAGCGCAGGAGCCUGAGGAUGGUCUUGAAGAUGAUGCAACUAGGAGAAUCAUGAGCAAAGAAGCGUCGCUUCACACUAUGGAGGGAGGCAAAUCAGGCGAUGAUGUCAAGGAUGAUCAAAUGGCAAAAAGGUUUUAUGAUGUGGUUCUGUCAAUGAUGCAGGUGGUGGGGAUGGUACAGAUACCGGACUUUGUCCCGAGUUUGAGGUUCUUCUACAGGGGUUAUCUCCAGUAUGUGCGAGGGGUGUCAAAUACAUUUCGCGCCUUGACCCUGGAGCUCAUUGAAAAGCGGCGCAUAUUCCAACAGAAUGUCGCUGGCAACAGCGGAAGCAGUUGCACAACGCUCGAUCACCACCAAGCAGCGCUGAGAGAAGCUGGACUCAUUAAUCCGGAUGCAAUGGUGGACACGGUCUUCAAUAACCUGUCUCCUUCGGGAACGAGCACGCCCAAGAACUUGGUCGCUUCUACAAUGAAGGACGACGAUGUGGUGUACGGCGAGACGGAGGCCUGCCUGCUGUUAAUGGCCCUCGUGGCAGCUGGCACGGACACGACGACCUCUACGACUGUUUUUGUUCUGAUGGAGUUGCUGCGCCACCCAGAGAAGAUGGCGCUGCUGAAGGCAGAGCUAGAUGAGGCCAUAGGAAUGCACAAGGUUCCGUCGGAGACUGAUCUGGAGAAUCUUCCUUACCUCAAUGCCUUUCUGUAUGAGACGCUGCGUAUGCACAGCGUCUCUCCCAUGCUCCUUCCCCAUCAAGCUAUGAAAGACGCCGUAGUGUUUGGAUAUGACGUGCCGGCAGGCACCACGGUCCUUGUCAAUGUCUGGGCUAUUAUGCACGACCCUAAGGUGUGGUCGGAGCCAUGGGAGUUCCGCCCUGAGCGGUUCAUCCGAGACGGACUGCUGGCCGACGACAUGCAUCCUGAUGGAAAGAACUUUGAGUUCUUCCCAUUUGGAUCGGGAAGAAGAAUUUGCCCCGGAAUUCGGCUCGCACUGACCACUGUGCGAUUUGUUGUGUCCAGGUUGCUGCAGCGAUUUGACGUUAUGUUGCCACCUGGCAUUAAGCCAGAAGACCUGGACCUUACUGAGCAGGAUGGACUCGUUAUCUUCCCGGAAAACCCCAUGCCGGUCAUCUUUCGUCCGAGAUCAAUGGGGUAAUAGGGCAGGGUGGGGUCACUUGUUGUGUCCAGGUUGCUGCAGUGAUUCGACGUUAUGUUGCCACAUGGCAUUAAGCCAGAAGACCUCGACCUUACUGAGCAGGAUGGACUCGUAAUCUUCCCGGAAAACCCCGUGCCGGUCAUCUUUCGUCCGAGAUCAAUGGGGUAAUAGGAUAGGGUGGGGUUACUGGGGUAGACUUGAUUCGCAGCCGCCGGCUUGUUUUUCGGCCGACAUCACUAGGGUAGGUAGCAUAGACUAAGGGCAUAUUCACACCAGGACUUUUUUGGUCGGUGGCAUAACUUAAAAGAGUAAGGGCAUAUUCACACCAUGACUUAAUCGCACUCGCAUUCAUCGAGGUUGUGCCACAAUCG